UUUAUUUUAAUGCUCUUGUUUUUUGUUGGUCUCUCUUUCGAGAAGGCGAUUGCAGAGAACAACAACAAAGGUCUCAGUGCAAAGAGAAAACAAGGAUAGAAAGAGAAAGAUAGAGAGAGAGAAACGACAGCCUCAGAAACAACAGACAGAGAGAUAUGGAGAGACCUAGGUAUAUAGACUCGGAGAGAAAUUAAAAAGAGAAGAAUUCAAACAGUUUUAUUUAUUUUUUUCUCCGAAUCCCACAGAGAAAAGAAAACGAUGUCUGAGAGCUCUGCACACUUUUACAACCUGCAACUAUAAGAGAGCAGAUAAUACAGAAGAAGGUGGGCGGUUGUUAGGGGGCUAAAAAGGACGUUAUGAUGAAGAAGAGGAUACUGAUAUGGGAAUAGCGGCAGCUCCACUCUCUUCUGUUACUUCUCAUUCGAAGGGUCAUAAUUCAAUCAAAAUCUUGGAGAAAGAAAAUUACUUCAAUUCUAUGUCCCAAGAAUUUCAUCAAGGUGUAUUCAGUUUCUUGAAUGGAUUCGAGAGAUCGCAACAAGAACAGCAGCAGCGGCAUCAGCAUCAACCGCAGCUCGUAACACAGCAGAUCAGCCGGGAUAAACUCAGAGUUCAAGGCUUUGAGCCGGCACUUCCAUUGGUAGGUAUGGAAGAAGAAUCCAGUGGACUUCCGGUGUAUGAAACCGCCGGAAUUUUGUCUGAAAUGUUCAAUUUUCCAUCUGGUACAGCCACAGCUACGGAAUUAUUAGAGAACCAGAUAUCACAGAAUUACCGGAAUUCAAGACAAACUCCGCCUACCGGAGCCGUCUCCAGUGACUGGUUCUCCAAUCGGCAAGGACUGGGGGUGAGUGGUUUAGGGCCUUUGGGAGAUUCAAAAGAACGGACUAUAGUUAGUGACACUGCUCAUCAUCACCACCAGAACCAGAUUUCAGGCAUUAAUGCAGACUCUGCAGCAGCCAUGCAGCUUUUCUUGAUGAACCCACAACAACAAAGGUCACCAUCUCCAUCUCACUCUCAUCAUCCUUCUCAGCCUUCAUCCUCAUCUACUCUCCACAUGUUGCUUCCAAAUCCAUCUUCUUCUUCCACUCUCCAAGCCUUCCACAACCAAGAAGGGGCUUUUGGCGGCGGCUGCUCAUCCCAAUUUACCUGGGUUCCAAACAGUGGCAACGACAGCAACCCUAAUGAAAUUCCGGGAGUUGUGGAAGGACAAGGGCUUUCUUUAUCAUUAUCUUCUUCACUACAACACUUGGAGGCAGCCAAGGCUGAGGAAUUGAGAAUUGGAGAAGGAGGGAUGCUAUUUUUUGGUCAAGGUGUAGGGUCAACUUCAACGCCAUACCAAUUCAAGAAUCUGGGUGGUGGUGUUGGUAAUCAGCCACUGCAUUUACAAGGGGUAGUGGGUCCGAACCACCAGCUACAGGUCGGAUUAGGGUCUUCCUUUUCAUCGGUUCACAUGUUAAGGAAUUCAAAGUACGCGAAGGCGGCUCAAGAAUUGUUGGAAGAAUUUUGUAGUGUUGGUAGGUCUCAAUUCAAGAAGAAUAAAUUUGGUAAGCAGAAUACUUCAAACCCUAGUUCCAAUCCAAGGGGCUCCGGUGGUGGCGGAGGAAAUUCACCAUCGUCUUCAAAAGAUCCAACUCCAUUAUCAGCUGCUGAUAGGCUCGAGCAUCAGAGAAGGAAGGUUAAACUAUCAUCUAUACUUGAUGAGGCAUGUAAUCACUCUCUCUCUACAUAUCAUCAAGCGCUGAAAUAUCUCUCUCUCUCUUCCUCUACAUAUCAUCAAGGGCUGAAAUUUCUUGGUAAUUUAGUCCACCAUGGGAUACAUAAAAUCCUGGUGGAUCGAAGAUACAACCAUUACUGCGAGCAGAUGCAAAUGGUGGUGAAUUCUUUCGACAUGGUGAUGGGAUUUGGAGCGGCCGUACCAUACACAUCACUUGCACAGAAGGCCAUGUCUCGCCAUUUCCGGUGCCUGAAAGACGCCAUAGCAGCACAAUUGAAACACUGCUGUGAGCUUUUAGGAGAAAAAGAUGCUGCUGGUUUAUCAGGAGUGACCAAAGGAGAGACUCCAAGACUCAGAAUUUUGGAACAAAGCCUUAGACAGCAAAGAGCAUUUCAUCAGAUGGGAAUGAUGGAACAAGAAGCAUGGAGACCCCAAAGAGGCUUGCCUGAACGCUCUGUCAACAUUUUGAGAGCUUGGCUUUUUGAGCAUUUUCUGCAUCCGUAUCCAAGCGAUGCAGAUAAGCAUCUGUUGGCUCGACAGACUGGUCUAUCAAGAAACCAGGUCUCAAACUGGUUCAUUAAUGCCAGGGUCCGUUUGUGGAAACCCAUGGUAGAAGAGAUGUAUCAACAAGAGGCCACUGAAGAAGAGGCAGAAGAGAGAGAGACUAAUGCACAAACUCCAAGACAACAGCAGCAGUCCAAUACCAACAUUGCUGCAGAGACAGCUGCUACUGCUUCUGCAAUUACUCCAUCAGGCAAAAGAUCCCAAAUCAAUGAACAAGAAAACGACCAUUCAUUCGUUGCAAUUAAUACUCACUCUUCAUCGGAAAACCAGGCUACACAACCCAACAUAAUGCCUGAUUCCACCUCCGCCGUGGCAGCACAAUCUUUUCCGGCAGCCGCUCGCCACCAAUAUGGGACUGUUGAUGCUGUUUCUGGGAAUGCUGACAUUGAUGAAUCUACGCUUAUAAGAUUUGGGACGAGUACAGGUGACGUGUCACUCACACUAGGGCUACGUCAUGCCGGAAACCUACCGGAGAAGAGUCCCUUUUUAGUUAGAGACUUUGGGGGAUGUUAGAGCUAAAAGAUACGGCACUUAUAAAAUAAGUAAAUCUCGACAGUUGGUCUGUCUUUUGCUUAGUGGAUUAUUUUUUGUUUUCUUCAUCUCUGUAGACAAAUACAUAAUUAAAAAAGUAAUUUUCGUAAGGUGAACUAACUUUAUCAUAAUUGUAUAGUUAUAAUAUUCUGUAUAUGUUAAAUAUACUAGACUCAAUUUAA